AUGCCGAAGAAGCCAGCAGAGGAAGGAAAUGAUUCGAAGGAAGUGCCAGAAGCAUCUGCCCCACAGAACCAUGGGAAAGAGCUGUGCCCCCCGGGAAAUCCAACUACCUCUGAGAAGAUUCACGAGACAUCAGGAAAUAGGGAGGCCCAAGAAAAGGAAGAGAGACGUGGAACAGCUCAUCGGUGGAGCAGUCAGAACACAUACAACAUUGGUCGAUUAAGUUUGUCAACUUCUUUGGGUGCAGUUCAUGGUACCCCCAAAACCAUUACACACAACAGGGACCCAAAAGGGGGGAACAUGCCUGGACCCACAGACUGCGUGAGAGAAAGCAGGUGGUGA